AUGGCAAAAUUAAUUGGUGCGCAUUUAUCAAUUAGCAAAGGAAUAGAUAAAUUACAAAACAUGAUGGAAAGUAUUGGUGCAAAAUGCUGUGCAAUAUUUUUAAAAAACCAAAAAAGAUUUUCUUCAGCACCUUAUAAAAAAGUCGUUGUAGAAAACUUUAAAAAGAAAAUUUUGUUCCCCGAGUUAAUUGUUCCACAUGGUUCCUAUUUAAUAAAUUUAGGUAAUCCAGAAAAAAUAGAAAAUUCUUAUUUAUGUCUUAUUGACGAUUUAAAGAGAUGUAACGAACUUGGAAUAAUAUAUUAUAAUUUACAUCCUGGUAGUGAUGUAACGAAUAUUGGUCAAAAAUGUCUUGAUUUUAUUUCUGAACAAUUAAACAAAGCUUUAUCGGAAGUACCAAAUGUUAUAAUACUAAUUGAAAAUAUGGCUGGACAAGGAAAAUAUGUAUGUCAUAAAUUUGAAGAUAUAAAAUACAUUAUUGACAAAAUUAAGUUUAAAAAUAGAAUUGGUGUAUGCCUCGAUACAUGUCAUAUGUUCGGCGCAGGGUACGAUAUUAGAACGAAAGAGAAAUUUCAAACGGUAAUGAAGCAUUUUGAUGAUGUUAUUGGACUUAAAUUUCUUAAGGCUGUACAUUUAAAUGACAGUAAAGAAGACUUGGGGUCUAGAAAAGACAGACAUGAACAAAUUGGAAAAGGAAAAAUUGGGAUUGUGGCUUUUAAAUAUAUUAUGAAUAGUAGUAUUUUUGAAGAUAUACCAAUGAUUUUAGAAACACCAAAUCACGACGAGUAUUCUAAUGAGAUUAAAUUGCUAAAUUCAUUAAUUGAAAAAUAA